AUGGCGAACGACUCAGAACCGCAAGUCACUUCUGGAAUAUUGAACGAGAAUGGUAUCAAAUCCACAAAGCCCGCCAUGGGCGGGGAGUUGGCUGCAAUUACGUCAACUGGCCGCUUGCAGAUCCAAUUCCCAGAUGCUUCUGUUGCAGACGACACUAGGGUAGUAGGCUCUGUUGUGGAAAUUGUCAACAAAUCAUUCAGAGAAGCAGAAGUCGGUAUAUUUCUCCCUGGUUAUCAACGAACACACGGCGCCGAGAUUGCCCAGCUCAUUCGCGACGGACUUUUAGCCGUUGCGUAUAUUCCAGCCAGGGAUAAUCCCACGCAGCAAGGACAAAAUUUGGCAUCGUCCGACAAACCCGAGGCCAUGAGAGUGGUUGGAUGCGUCUAUGUGACUCAAUUGUCUGCCACGCACGGAAACUUUGGUAUGCUGGCUCUUGACCCCGAUCUCCGCGGUGGAGGCCUAGGGCGUGCAAUGGUUCAAUUUGCCGAAGACCAUUGUCGAAAAAAAGGCUGCACAAUGAUGCAAUUAGAGCUGCUGGUUCCGACGAGCUUUGAACAUACCUUCAAGUCAACCAUUCAAGCCUGGUAUCAAAGGAUGGCCUAUCAAGUGGUCAGACUUGGCAUCUUCGAGAAAGAGUACCCGACUUUGGCCCCUCAUCUUGCUGGUCCGGUCGAGUAUAGGAUUUUCGAAAAGAGUCUUGCCUGA